AUGAGUCCCGCCGAUGCUGAUGCCCGCCGACGGGAGCGCGGUGUCAUUGCCCAGCGCGAGUACCGCAAGCGUCACGCAUCCAAGGUGCAGAGCCUCCAAGACGAGAACCAGAAGCUCAAGGACAUCAUCGCCGAGAUCGACCGGGCUUCCCACGGGCGUCGCGCCCUGCCGGAUGACCUGAGGGCUGCCCUCUUCAAAGCUCGUGACCUGGCCGGCAUCAGCGACGACGGCAUUGGCGAACAAGAAGAAGACGCCCACACCGACGAGGUGGAACAGGUGGCAGCAGGCCCACUGUUGCCCGAACAGCCCGCUCAUACCCCCGCGGCGUCAACCGCCGUGGUCAGACGCGCCACCACGCUCGAGAUCAAGUUCCCGCCGGACUAUCAACCCCCGCCGGACGAACGGUUCAGCCCCCGCCUCGACUACGGCCUUUGGUUCGAGACGGACCGCGUCAUCCGCAUCCUCGACCCGCCGACGGACAUCGUGCCCUAUCUCGGCGCUGGCAUGCACACCCUCGCCGGCAGCAUCUUCUGGUCCACCAUGGACUACACCCUGGACCUCUGGAACUCGCGCUCGGCGCCGCCGGCCGCCCGGCUUCUCGACCGCAUGUUCAGCCAAUCACGGCACGUGGUGGACACGGGCUACCUCCUGUCGCUGGCCCAGGCGAGGGUCGACUUCAUGCGCAAGGGGUUCAUGUUCCGCAAGCUGUCGGAGCAGUUCGAGCGCAACGCCAUGGUGGACCUGCAGCGGCUCAUCAGCGAGCACAACAAGAGCAGAGGCUUGCCGAGCAAGUACUGGAAGAAGCCCGAGGAGGUCGCGUGGAACGUGCUGAGCCAGCUGACGCCCGGCCAGGCGACGCGCUUCCAGGCCGUCAUCGAGGGCAAGGGGGCCCCGGCCGACGAGGAGAUGAUGCGGUCGAUGAUCACCUGGCUCGCCCAGAAUUACGUCUGCUUCGGCGAUGGGCCGCGGUGGAGCAACAUCAGCAUCUCCGUCGGCAUCGGGAGUUGGGUCAAGGGGGUCAACGACGCCGACGCCGGCGUGCUGGACGCUUCCAAGCUCUCGGCUGAGAUGCUGUCUUGA